AUGCCCUGGCAACCGCUCCCUCACAUCGCUUUCGCUGUUGCGACCUACCCCUUUGCUGCUUCGUACCCCGAAGAUCUUGUGCUCGAAAUUGGCGACGAACUCUACAUCAUCGAAGAAACACCCGAUGGCAAUUGGCUUCGUGGCUACCUGCUCAAGCCGCCAAGCUUGCUGGCCGGUCUGACCUCUGUCAAGGGUCAGACCCUUGAGGCUCGUGUUUUCAGUGGCAUCUUCCCCCGCAGUUGUGUCGAGGUGCGCGAGCUUCUCGGUGAAUCUGACGACAGCGACGACGCGGACGAAGAUGGAGAUGCGGCCAACACUAGCGAGGACGGCGUCGUCUUCCCUUCUGCACAUGCCGCUGCUCAGCGUGGCAGCGACUCGGCUAAGAGCGGUGUCGUUGGCGGCCAGCGGCGAAAGAAGAAGACUGGAAAAGACAUCGUGCUUUCCAUGGCCAAUGGUGGCGGAGAUGGAAACAAAAGCAGACCGUCCUCCUCCCGAUCCCGACCAGCCACGGCCUUGAGCGCACAAGGCCACCUGUCUGUGCCCGUUGUGCGCGAUCCCAACGCGCCAAAGCCUCAAGCCCCGGUCCCGAUGCUGAAAAUUGGAGACGAAACCCCGACUUCGGCUGCUGAACCUCUGAUCGACGAGAUUGCUUCAUGUCUGCGCGAAUGGCACUCGACGAACCUGCACGAGCUUCUCCUGUCUCGGCAAUACCAUAAACUCGACAUCCUCUCCCAAUUGAUUACCUCGCUGAACCAAGCACGCCAGCAGUUCCUCCAUAACGUAUUGACAAGCUGGGAAUAUACAAAAUUGCGAGAGAAAACAGUAUGGGAUCUUGUCCGUGUCAACAAGCUCUGUGGUGGCGAGGUGAUUGUUCGGGACCCAAACGAACGUGGGCGCAUUCUCACGGGUGAUGAUUCUGUUGUGGAAAUCACACAGCUGCAAUCGGUUAUGAGCCUUCUGAACGAGCCACCACCACCUUCUGUUGAGCCAACCGCCUUGCAUCAUUUACUGGUUGAUGUCAAGGGCUUCGCUGGCGCCUGUACGGAAGGGACCUCUCUUGUGCUGAGCCUAGUUGGGCGUGUGGGUGGCGAGCUUAUUCGCUUAUCCGAAAGCUUCACCACUGCGGUACCUUCUGGGAUGAUGGGACACCUGUUCAACCGUGCCUCAAUGCGCACGCUCUUUUCCGACCUUUCCUCUUCCGAUAUUGGCGAGGCCCCCGCCGUCGAUUCUGACUUGUUUCUUGUUGUUGUUGUUCGCUCAGUUCGGCAGAUUGCAGUGGCUGGCCAACCUCAAGCAAAGCCGAACUCACGUUCUGGCGUCGGAUCUGCUGGCUAUGGUGGAGCGUCCGGCAGUGUCUCGGGAAGCAAGGAAACAUCGCGGCCGCCUCUUUCUAGCGGAAACAAAUCUGCACGGAGAAGCCUGAUGUGGGGAGGUAAGGGCAGUCGCUCAGGUCACUCACGUGGAAGCAACAAGCUGGACUCUUUGAGCGAGACGUCCGAGGAUCGUUCAAUAUCAGGCAGUGCACCGACUAGCCGAGAGGGCUACUCGGCACCACCUGGCUCGGCAGGUUCGAGAGGCGGCGGCGGCGGGGGCGGCCGUUCGCCGUUUGACUCUGCAUUGCGUGUGACAGCUGAUCGGAUGACAGGCAUCGGCGUCUUAAAACUGAAUGCGAUCAUGAAGCGACAAGAUGAUGACGUGGAGCAUGUGAUCAACAUCUGGGCACCGUCGGAACGCGCUGGUGCAUCUGCUGAUAAGCAGCAGACCGAGGAUUGGGAUCCAUUUAUCAAGGACUUGAUGUUGAGCAAAUCUGGCCAGUUUGAAAAGUCUAAGAGCUCUGAGCGCGUCCAGGUGCAUCUACGCGCCUUCAAUCACCCAGACGCAGACACUCUGAUCAAGUCUACACCGACCUUGCUCUCUGGCAUCGUCAAGACAUGCAAGAUGGGAUUUUCCGGAGCACCGACAAAACCACGUUCUGAUAUAUACCUGACCAUCAAUGAUGCUGUACUGAGCCGGCAGGUACUGCUCUCCCGGUAUGGCGCCAGCCCUGGUCCGUUUCCGAGCACCCUCCAAGGCAACAACCUGCAAGUGACCGUCGAGGUACGGCGAUCGAGUGGUGACCGUAUCGACGGGUGCAUCUUCCCGUAUUCAAAUACUGAGGGGCUAAGCACUUGGCGAUCGACGACAGUGGAACGCGAAGAUGGAUGGCGCCAAACUCUUCGCCUGUCUCUAUCUCCCCCCGACGUUUCUACGUCUCACGUCGUCAUGUUUGUUGCUGACAUGCCAAAUCCGCCAUUUGCUGUUGCCUACAUGCCACUAUGGGACCAGUCUGCCUUUGUCCGGGACGGCUCGCACGGCUUGGUCCUGUACCGUAUCGAUGAAUAUACGGUAACGCCACAACCACCACCAGGGGGGGCUCCCGGCCGUGUUGGAGGCUACCUGUCACUACCUUGGAGUACGAAAGGUCGGGUUGAAAACCAAACAGUGGUUACGGGUGUACUGGCCAACUUGCGCGUUGACUCGUAUCUCUGCAGCACACGCUUCUCCCAAGAUCGUGUCGUGCUGGGACUUCUCAAAUGGCGCGAAGGACAGAAGGAAGCUGUGAGCGGGUUGCUGCAGCAGCUCAUCUUUGUUCCCGAGAUUGAGGUUGUGAAGCUUCUGAGCGAAGUGCUUGAUGCGCUAUUCGCCGUCCUUGUGGAAUACUCUGGCAACGACCAGUACGAAGAUCUUGUGUUCACAGCUCUUGUGCGAGUGCUCGAUAUCGUCCACGACCGGCGUUUCAACGUAGGUCCUCUUGUGGACCACUAUGCCGAGACCAAAUUCAACUCUCCCUUCGCUACGCCUUGUCUGGUGCGAUCAUUUACCCGCCUGCUCUCGAAGCCGACAGAACCCGAAAUUGCGCGCAAGCUCCGGGCCACGUUCAAGGUUGUUCGCCAUAUCCUCAAGUUUAUCACGCACGCCCGCGGUCAACAGCGCGUUAAGGAAGCGGGCAUUGGCAUAACCUCUACUACACCGAACUUCACACGCCACAUCCAGAGCAUAUUCAAGGCCCUUGAGGCAAUGAUGCGUAACACAGCACCUGUGCUUGUCGGAAGUCAAACACUCGCCGUCCAACACUUCCAUACGUGGCUACCCGAACUUUCUGGCCUGCUUUCUACGGAGGAAAUACUACACAUCGCCAUUGAUUUUAUGGAUGCUUGUGCUGACGUCAAGGGCAAGCUUGUACUGUAUAAGCUUGUGCUUAUCAUUAAUUACUCCAAGCUGGAUAUUUUCUCGCACCCAGAGCAAAGAGCCGCCCUGAGUGCAAAUACUGUUCGGUGGAUCGCACCGCACUGGGGCCAUUCGGAUGAGGUGACCGACCAGUGGAAGAGUCAAGUACGGCUCUGCUGCUCCAUCCUGGCCAGCCAAAUAGACCACUUGAGCUCUGAGAUCCCGGAUUACAUCCCCAAGAUUCUGGACUCUUACCUGGCCAUCAGACAUGCAGCCGAGUCGAGCACAAAAACAGCAAAAACAGUUCGAAGUCGCCUGUCAUUGCUCUUCCCUACGCAGUACCCCUUCCCGUCGCGGCUAAUAUCAUACCCUGAAGGCCUAAUGGAACCGACAUUAGACGGAAAACCACCGUCGGCAGAUCAAUCCUCCCAACCACAGUUUGACGAGGCUCUCGUCGAGCUGUCUGCGGUGUUGUCGGCACUUUCCAAUUCCGCCAGUGGAAUGCAGCUUGAGAUGGCUGACGGGGAUCUUGCAGUGAUUAUUGAAAACACAUUACGCGUUCAUAUGAGCAUUCUGCGUGGCGAGGCCUUCCCGUCUACUUGGCUGAGUGUGCACAUCUUCCAUCACAGCUCAAUCAUGCGGACCUUGCAGUAUCUGGCGAGCAUCCUGCUGGACAGCUUCUUGCUCGAUCCCGAUGAAGCUGAGGAGUUUAACACGGAGCUGUGGAAAAUGCUGUUCAGCACACUGCUUAUGCUUGUCAGCAGUCCGUCGCUCGCAUUGGAAACAUUCCCCGAACAGAAACGCCGGGCGGUGUGGAAGAUUGCUGGCGAUGUGCGUGAGCACGGUGCAGAACUCCUCCGGCGCACCUGGGAAGCCAUUGGCUGGGAUACGGCAGCCGACGAGAGGCAGCGCUACAACCUCACGAAGAUGGGCGGCUACCAGGUGCAAUACGUGCCUGCGCUGGUUGGCCCCAUUGUGGAGUUGUGUCUAAGCGUGCACGAAGGUCUGCGGCGAAUGGCUGUGGAGGUGCUGCAGACAAUGAUUGUGAGCGAGUGGACGCUCAGCGAGGACCUGUCGAUUAUCCAGGCGGAAAUAAUCGAUUACUUGGAUCACUUUUUCAAGACAAAGCCACUGACGGAGAGCAUCUUGCAAAAGCUAUUUGUCGGCGAGCUACUAGACCGCUUUGCUGGUUUGGCUGGCAUACCGGAUGAGCCUCUCUACGCAGCAUUGCGGGAGCUCAUUGGCACUGUCGACGAGUUCCUCGAUCUCCUGGUUGCUGUCCAUGGCAGCGACGGUGGUGGAGUUUCCGACGUUGUUGUGGCAGGCUCCGGCUCUCCCGGAGAAGCUUCACAUCUGAUCAACCGGCUGCGGCUGAUGGAGUUUCUGCGUGAUAUGCAGAAGGAGGAGAUGUUUGUCCGCUACGUGCACCAACUUGCAGAUCUGCAGGCAGCGUCUCGCAACAACGCAGAGGCAGGUCUGGCUCUGCGCCUCCAUGCCGAGCUAUACGACUGGGAUCCGUUGCGGACGGUGCCAGCUCUGUCGGACCCUGCUUUCCCUGCGCAGACACACUUUGAGCGCAAGGAGCGGAUCUACUUUGACAUGAUCAAGCAUUUUGAGGAGGGCGAAGCGUGGAGCAGCGCCUUGGCCGCGUACAAGGAGCUUCAGGUGCAGUACGAGACGAACAUUUACGACUUUUCGAAGCUGGCUCGGACGGAGCGAGCCAUUGCGACCGUGUACGAGACGAUUACCAAGAGCGACCGCCUUGUGCCAAAGUACUUCCACGUCAUCUUCCGUGGUUUGGGAUUCCCAUCCAGUGUGCGUGACAAGGAAUUUGUGUACGAGGGCUCUCCCAACGAGCGGACCAGUGCGUUUACGGAUCGCAUGCAGGAGCAGUACCCGGCAGCGCAGAUCGUCGUGGUCUCGUCGUCUACUGCAGCAAACUCCCGCCUAGGCGGUGGUAUCGUUGUCUCGGGAGCUAAUUCGACAGAAGAGAUGCUCGACGACAUUGUGGAGGGCCAAUUCCUUGUUGUCUCGGCCCUGAGCCCACACCGCGACUUAUCUCACCAAGUCUUUCAGCGUGCUCGCGUACCCCAAGUGAUCCGCGAUUAUUUGGUGUCGUCGCACCCACAGACGUUUUCGUUUACGUCUCGUCGCCACCUCAGCGGACCGGUCAGCGAACAUUACGUGGACAAGACCGCUUACACGACGGCGGAAUCGUUCCCAACGAUCCUUCGGCGGAGCGAGAUUGUGUCGGUGGCGGAGGUGCGCCUGUCAGCCAAAGAAGCAGCACUGGAGCGGACGCUGCGCAAGACGGCGGAGAUCACGGCAGUGGAGAAGAAGAUGGUCGAUGGGGACAACUCGCCCGAAACAGUCAAGCUACUAUUGGAUGCGAUCAGCAUAUCAGUGAACCCCGAAUCAGAGAACAGCAUAGUGGGAUACCGACGACUUCUGCCGACGGCCCGUAGCAAUGGGCACAACAGCGACGAAGAACAAGCAGGCGAGGGAAGUGUGCUGGAAGAUACCGAAGACGCCGAAGAGACCGAAGACGUAGAAGAUAGUGAGGCGCCGGAGCUCGAUCCCCAGGAGAUUGCGAUCAAGAUGGCCCUGGUGGACCAUGCCAUGGUGAUCAGACGUUGUCUGGCCUUGGCUUCACGAUCUACUAAUGAGAGCUUCUCCGACUACGCCGAAGGUCUCACAAGGUACUUCGAAGACACGUUCGCGCCCGAGAUUGCCGUUUUCACACCACCACCCCCCGUGGUCCGUGACGCAGCAGCAACCUCGCCAACGUGGUCACGGUCAUCGCCAAUUGAGUCGGCACCACGACGGAGUCCUGAAGCGGGUACUGUCGAGCGUGGCCACGCUGUCGGUGCCAGCGUCAGCUCUGGCUUUCUCGGUGCAGAUGUGGCCAUCGAAGAAGGCACAGCUGUGCAACCAGUGGCGCUUCGACCGGGUCGUGGCGCUCGACUCUCCUUCUUGCCGGGCAACCACGGGCAUCGGAAGCGGGACAGUAUGCCUCUCUCCAGCAUGGAGAAUGUGCCGCAACAGCGGAAGGGCAGUACUGGUGGCGAUGCGGACACGAUGAGCGAGAAGAGUCAUCAGAGCCACGGCCGGGGCAAGGAGAAUGUGAACCGGCACAGUUUCUUCCGGCCCAGCUUGGAAAGGCCGCGCCUGCCGAUGAUAGAGACCACUGUGACAGCCACGGCGACGACGGAAUCGGUCGGCAGGUCCAGCAGCAGCCUGCGGCGGCAGCCGACUGGUGGCAAUGGCAGCAACAAGAUGAACGACUGGUUCUCGGAAAGCGGGUUGCGGAAAAGCCUCGACCGGGGCUCGACAGGCCGGAAACGAAGCACUAGCGGCAGCAGAACGGUGACGAGCGGUGGCAGUGGCGUGGAGGCCGGUCGCGUCAGUGGAGACGGCGGCAGCGGUGGCUUGGCCAAGAAGAACAGCGUGCGCAAACGGCUAAGCAUACUCAAGCUGGGCAAGAAGUCGAGCAAGGGCAGUAGCAUCAUGGUGGCUGUGGACGAGGAGUGA